AUGCCACCAAAAGAGACACCGGAUGACUCGGAGCUGGAAGGGGCUUCGGAAGAUGAGGGUCAAGGACAAUUUGAAGAGGUUGGGCAACCUGCACCGCCUCCAGUCAAACCGCCUAGGAAGUUGAAAGUUCCUAAAUUCUUGACUGAUGAGAUGCCUGUUGAUGUGGCUCCUGAUCCAGCAAACACCUUUAAAGGUCACGAACAACCGUCGGUUAAUGAGCGCCUUGAACAAAUCAAGACUUUUCUUGCUGAUGAAGAUGUGAACCGAUGCUUAGAUUUCAAAGACAAGCUCAGUCAAAUCCAAGAAUACCUCGCCCAUGUUGAGGAGAACCAACUCCCACGGGAUUGGAAAUUGUUCAAAGAUGCGAAGGUGAUGACAGAAGCACAAGCCGAUUGGCAUGAACGCAUGGAAAAUUCAGAUCUCGGCGCUCCUAUAUGUGUAGAUUCUCCUCAAGUUCAACCAUUUAGUACGAGGCUCAUGUCGAAUGAAGUAACUCUUGCUAUUCGAGAGACAAGGGAGGUAAAUGGCAUCCAAACACAAGCUCGCGAAGAUCGUCCUCCUUUCACAAUACAACGUACUAAGGAUCAUUCUAUAUUUCUCAGGGCCAUAAAAGAGGAUGCCAGGAAAACUCUGACGGAUCUUACGGAGGAGGAACAGAAUCGUAAUCUUUUCAAGAUUGAGAACCGAGCAUACGGUGACGCCAAGAAUAACCCGGCAUUAAUUCCCCUUUGGACAGAUCCUAUUCGUGGUCUUUCUGAAACUGGAAAGAGUCAAAGUAGCAAUGAUCCUUGGUAUGGCAAUGGCCAUGUAUUAGGUGUCACUCCACAAACGGUGAGGAGGGCAGAACCAAAGCACAACGAGCUACCGCCUAUCAUCAAUGCAUACCAGGAAGUUGUACGAUACUACUUGGACAUGUACCGAGACAACGUUCUUACCCUCGGAAUUGGAGAUCAAAGACACGCCAAGAACUGGAACAUAGCGGUUUUAAAGGCCUUUUUACGAUUAUUUCCGACGCCAGAGGCCAAAGAUCUGGAGCGUAACGCUAACGUAUAUUCAACUGGGCAAAGAAAAGGCGAUAUGACAGAUGAGGAGUAUAGAGUUGUCAAAGACGAUUGGAAGAACUACAACGAUCUACAGGAUAAGCUAUUGGAGCAUCUCUCUGCUAAGACUACUCCUCAAGUACAAUUCUACUUUGACGAGCCGGAUAUGGUCAAGACAGAUAUAUAUGAGCCUACCAAGAUUAAUAUUCCCAGAGAGUAUGGCGAACGAAUACGGGAAGUGCGUGAGAUGCAGGACGAGAUUGUCAGAUAUUUUAGGGAAUGUCGUGAUAAUGGGGGUCCGCAAAAGUGCAACUGGUUCACAUUGGGAAGAAUGGCGGAGAUACUUGCACCCGUCGAGCCUGAACUCUUUGGUGAAGUGGGACAACAUUGGGCGCAAUUCAGAACCAGGCUUCUUCCUUUGCUUUGGGACAAAGCGUACCAUCCAGGAGAUAAGGAUCAGUGGCUCAAGCGUCGUGAUUCGACAGAGAGAGCUGUGAUUGAUCCUUACAUCGAGAGAUUGCGAAAUCUUUGGACUAUUCUUUUUGACGAGAAUCCUGAACUUCAACGCGAGGAGUCCACUGUGCAGAACGGCGAACCAUGGAUUAUAUUGUUACCAUUACAAAAGGGGGCUCUACGGACGGACCCAAUAAGACAUAAGUUAGCGCCUAACUUUCAACAACCGUUCAUCUUCUAUGUGCCUUGGGUUACUCCUAAACCUGAGCUUUCGCCGAAUUUGAAAAACCAAUUAGACAGAAUUCAUCGGCUUUUAAGACUUAAAGAUGAAGCCGGAGGUAAACUAACAGGCACCCAAUUGUUAACACUUCGACAGAAUCUAGCUCCUUUCUUCUAUCCUAGACUUCGUCGAAUGUAUGAUCAGACAUUCAGUGAUGAUCAAAGAGUGAGAGAUCCUGCACUUAAAGCAUUUUCUCAAAUCUUUAACCCUUGGCUCGCGGGAUUCGAAGGAAUUGGAAUUGAGAUUAGGAGUUAUAAGCCCGAGGAGACUCAGGCUUUGCUAACGAAGACCAUACCGGCAGUUUUAGCAAGUGCAAAAGAUGAGGUGAAAGCUCCUCAAUUCAGGCAACGAGAUCCGUCGGUUCUGUAUCAAAGUCAACAAAGAUUGGACCCGGAUGUGUUAAAUACUCUUAAUGUAAAACUGAACCGAGACCUUCCCGAUGAUGGUGAUGUGGGAGAUGCUACGAAUGGAGGUUGGUCCCAGGACUUGAGAAAAACUUAUACGAAAGUAUUAGGUCCUCCGACAGUGCAAAGCAUGAGAGAACAAUUAGCCUAUCUUGAACAAGAAAUUUCGGAAGUGAGGCCUAAUGAUGACGUUGGUCGAGGUGCCUUGGAAAAAGAACGGGCUAUUCUUAUGCGAAAGUGUGAAGAGGAGGAGAGACGAACCAUCGUGGGAGUCAAGGCUGCUGCGAAUUCCAAGCUCAAGGAUAAAAUAAUCACUGUUUUACAGAGUGUAGAUUUUGUUGGCACAGAUGUUGAUACCGACAAUCUUCCCGGAGUCUUUUACCUCGCCACUGAACCACCUUCACCCAUGGAAAUCCAUCCUACAAAAGUUAAUACUCUAUCUCUUGUCCCCGAUCUUGACACUGGUCUUCAUCGUAACCGGGAGAGAAAUUGGCAAAAAUUUAUCUUAGGCUACCCUGAACAAACCUCUCGUUAUGACACGGGCACACUAAACUUUCAGUCGAAGGCUGAAAGAAGGGGCAUCCAGAGAGCGGCUAUUGAAAUGUCUUUGAAUUUUCUUGCUUCAAAUCAUGAGCAGCGUCGACCAGACGAUCGAUUUCGUCGUGUUUUACUUCCUUCGCCAUGGCAAUCACCUCUACCAGAAGUACCGAUAUCAAUGGAACUUGAACCGAGUAAGCGACCUGUGGAAUUGGACACGAAAUAUUACACUAAACUUAUGGUCGAAUACACGCGAUGGAAAGAAGAUGAUUGGUAUGAUGCUCGUGAGAAGAUCAUCAAGGUUUCUCCGGGUCAAGUGCCUCCGCCAGCUAAUUAUAAUGGUCCUUUUGCCAUUCCGACAAUGUUCGAAUUCCAAGACACUGCCGCCAAAUAUUUGGGAAACUUGACUCCGACUUGGGACGCUUUGCUACAUGCAUCCAAUGUUUUUUCACGUCCAUUCCUGACUGCGGUUCUUGCACGUGUACAGAGGGGUGUAGACUUUGAGCCUGGUGAAUCGGUCGAUCCUCUUUACGAAGAAGCAAAUGGUCUCGAAAUAAGAUUGACACCGCAAGAACUUGGUGUCCUUCGGGAAUUAAGUGAACCAUCUUGGAAUUUUCAUUGGCUUCCAUAUCCUCCGGUUGCAGAUGAAGCAGAGGAUAUGCCUCGGCAGAUUCUCGAUGAGUUUGAAAGAGAUAUUGAUGCGUUGCCAGAAGCAGAAAAGCCUCCAUACUGGUCAUCAGGACAACCUCCAACUGCUCCUCAGAUUUUUGAUAUACCAGAAACGCAGAGGGAUUUUCGUCUGACUAAUAGAUAUGAUCCUACUGUUAAAUCUAUCGAGUUUAUCUCCAUGGCUGUCCUUCUCCAACAUAUAAAUAAUCGUCGGCUUGAUCAGAAUUUGCCUACGUGGGAUGUGGAUACUGCGAGAGCUCACCUUAUAAGGAUGCAUAAAUAUCAUCACAUACAUUUUGAACCAGCUGAAGAAAUAGAUAUACAAGAGGGCUUAGACAAUGAUCGCGUAGCAAGAGUGGCACUUACAGGUCACCCCGAGAUGAAGUAUGUAGAAAGCCGAAGACGAGCGCACAACGCAUAUGGAAUUCAACAUGAGUAUCCUACCAACACCUACACUGUCCAAUACAACUCGCAUCGCUUCACAGGACCUCCCAUUAUCCAACCUAAUCUCUACAAUUUUAUGGAAAAAGCUUCCUUCAAAUUCGGUAGGGCCAUCGCUAUGUACACGGAAGAACUCACAUUGGGCGAAGACCAUUACACGCCAGAUCUUAGUCUCGAAAUUAUCAAUUACAGCUACGUGAACACGAUAAAGCGCUCAAAAGGCGUGGAGCUCUACCCCGGCGAACCAAACGUACCCCGCGCAAAUCCCAACCCAAAUAACAUAACCCUCAUCCGCAUCGCAUCUGAUCUCUACAAAGUCGCACCCGAUAUCUUCACUGAUCAUGGUCUCAACCCUGAAACUCUGCUCGAUCCUAUUGUCCCAUUGCAAGAGCGAAUGCAAUACGCAGCCCUAAUGAUCCAAACCCAAGUCAUCGAAGAACUAAACAACAACUGGGAAUCACGAUUCCCUAUCAAUGAAAAAGUGUGGGGAUUCGCACGAGAUCGACUUGUGAACCCAGUGCGUACUGUGGUAGCAGGCCGUACAUUUACGGAAUAUCAUCAGCCGCGUCAAUACUUCAGUAUGCGGAGAUGGCCACCUUGUGAACAGAGUCCUGCUAGUCAACAGGUUAUUAGGGAUAGUGGACCCGUGUUACAGACGAAGAUUACUGAGGUUGUUGUCCCUGAAAAAUCAAGUCAGGAGAAGAAAAUAGAAUUAUUGAGGCAGAAGAAGGAGCCGAAGCAUAUCGGAGGUGGACUGCCCAAUUUUCCAUUUGGGGAGACACCUUAUCAGCAGGCUUAUUUGAGUUGGAGGAUGCAGGAGGAUUUGAAAGAUGUCCCCGAAUUCAACCCCCCACCAAAAACCGGCCUGUCCAAAUAUCUUCCCACUCUCAAUCCUCCUGCACCAAUAGACCACUACGCCCUCCCCAAAAUACCCUCUUCUUUCCAAGCCCGCAGUAUCCCCAUCGAGCUCCUCCGUCAACGAACCAUCACCGCCGCUCAAGCCCUCCCCGGUCUACCUUCCCUCACCGAAUACUACAGAGAAGCCGACGAAGCGCAAAAACUCCACGAAUACAACCUAUGGAAAAAAUCCAACGAGCGGAUCCAAAAAAUCGAAGCCUUAACAGGGAAGAGCUGGCAAAAUAUGUCGAGAAAUGAGAGGGAGCAGUGGGAAGGUGAAUUGGCAUCGUUGGAUAUGGAGGAACAGAGGGCGUUGCAGUAUGCGGGGGGAAUUGGUCCUACGGGUGAUGGAGCGGGAAUGCCUCGUCUUCUUGAUGCUGGGGAGAGGGGCUUGGUGCUUAGGAAUGGAAAGGCUGGGGGGAAGAGAAGUAGGAGUGCGAGUGCAGUUGGGAGGAUGGGGAAAUCGAAAAAGAGGAAUGGUAAACCUUCGCCGAUUUGGGUUGAACCGGUCAUGUCGGGUGGAUUGUAG